CUGCGGGGCGUGCGCUGCGGGCUACGGGCGGCCCCGCCGGGAGCUGCGCCGGGGCGGCGGGACCCUCCAUGGUGGCGCGGGCGCGGCGCGGGAGCGGCUGGGAGGCGGCGGCGAGGCCGCACUGAAGGCCCCCCCCACCCCCCCCGCCCGCCCGGCCCCGGGGUGUUAUUGUGAGGGGGAGACAAUGAGCAAACUCUCCUUCCGCGCCCGGGCGCUAGACGCCGCCAAACCGCUGCCCAUCUACCGCGGCAAGGACAUGCCCGACCUCAACGACUGCGUCUCCAUCAACCGGGCCGUGCCGCAGAUGCCCACGGGGAUGGAGAAGGAGGAAGAAUCGGAACAUCAUUUGCAACGGGCCAUCUCAGCACAGCAAGUGUUCAGAGAAAAGAAGGAGAGCAUGGUUAUCCCAGUCCCUGAAGCAGAGAGCAAUGUCAACUACUACAACCGCCUGUACAAAGGGGAGUUCAAGCAGCCAAAGCAGUUCAUCCACAUCCAGCCCUUUAAUCUGGACAAUGAGCAGCCAGAUUAUGAUAUGGACUCUGAGGAUGAGACCCUUCUGAACAGGCUGAACAGGAAGAUGGAAAUCAAGCCACUGCAGUUUGAGAUAAUGGUUGACAGGCUCGAAAAAGCCAGUUCCAGUCAGCUGGUGACCCUCCAGGAGGCCAAACUGCUGCUCAACGAGGACGAUUACCUGAUCAAGGCUGUCUAUGACUACUGGGUGAGGAAGCGCAAGAACUGCCGGGGGCCCUCGCUCAUCCCGCAGAUCAAGCAGGAGAAGAGGGAUGGCUCCACCAACAACGACCCCUACGUGGCCUUCAGGAGGAGAACUGAGAAGAUGCAGACCAGAAAGAACCGAAAGAACGAUGAAGCAUCUUAUGAGAAGAUGUUGAAAUUAAGGAGGGAGUUUAGCAGAGCCAUAACAAUUUUGGAGAUGAUCAAGAGGAGAGAGAAAACAAAGCGGGAGCUGUUGCAUUUAACGUUGGAAGUUGUGGAGAAAAGGUACCAUUUGGGUGAUUAUGGAGGUGAAAUCCUCAAUGAGGUGAAGCUGAACAGACCUGACAAAGAGCUGGGCACAACUCCAUCAUCUCUCCACAAUGGCAGCCACCACAAAGUUCAAGAAUGUAAAGUUAAGCACCCUCACCACUCCUCCCUGAAGGAGGAGGUGUCCGACGUGGUCCGGCAGAAGAAGAAAUACCUGAAGAAGCCCAAGCUGGAGUGUGUGGUGACCCCUCAGCCCCUGGCUGAGCCCUUGCCCGUGCUCAGCAAGAGUGACAUCAAACAGUACGACUUCCACAGCUCUGAUGAGGAUGAGUUCCCACAGGUACCCUCACCUGUGUCAGAGGCAGAAGAAGAAAAUGAUCCUGAUGGACCUUGUGCUUUCAGGAGAAGAGCAGGAUGCCAGUAUUAUGCUCCUCGUUUGGACCAAACGAAUUCUUCGUCCGAAGGCCCAGAAUUGGCAGAAUUGGACAAGCUGAGGUUCAGGCAUUGCCUUACAACCCUCACAAUCCCAAGGAGAUGUAUAGGGUUUGCAAGGAGGAGGAUUGGCAGGGGUGGAAGGGUGAUCAUGGACCGAAUAUCCACAGAGCACGAUCCUGUCCUGAGGCAGAUUGACCCGGAAAUGCUCAGCAGUUUUUCAAGCUCUUCCCAGACUUUAGACUUUUCUUCUAAUUUUUCACGGACCAAUGCUUCCAAUAAACCUUGUGAAAACAGACUGUCCCUUCCUGAAAUCCUAAGCAAUAUCAGAUCAUGUCGACUGCAGUGUUUCCAGCCCAGGCUACUCAACCUCCAGGACAGUGAUAGUGAAGAAUGUACCUCAAGGAAAGCAGGGCAGACUGUGAAUAAUAAAAGAGUCUCUGCAGCAUCUGUAGCUUUAUUGAACACCAGCAAGAAUGGCAUAUCAGUCACAGGGGGCAUCACGGAGGAGCAGUUCCAGACCCACCAGCAGCAGCUGGUGCAGAUGCAGAGGCAGCAGCUGGCCCAGCUGCAGCAGAAGCAGCAAUCUCAGCAUUCCUCCCAGCAGCCACACCUGAAAGCACAGGGCUCCAGCACCUCUGACUGCAUGUCCAAGACCCUGGAUUCAGCCAGUGCCCACUUUGCUGCCUCUGCCGUGGUCAGUGCGCCGGGCCCCGGGCGCAGCGAGGGAGCCAAGGAGCAGAACACCAGCCACAACAAUAUCAACGGUGUUGUCCAGCCUUCAGGAACCUCCAGAACUUUAUACUCCACCAACAUGGCUUUAUCCUCCAGCCCAGGGAUCUCAACUGUACAGCUCGUAAGGACAGUUGGCCACAGCACCACAAACCACUUAAUCCCAGCCUUGUGCACGAGCAGCCCUCAGGCUCUGAGGCAUGAACAAAUUCUGCCUGCCAGCGCGUGCCACCUCAACUCAGCGUGUGCCCCAGUCAAUGUUCAUACAUACAGCUCAGCGCCCUCGCCAACUGCCUUAAAACUGGCCACAGUUGCUGCCAGCAUGGACAGAGUGCCAAAGGUAACUCCCAGCAGUGCCAUCAGCAGUAUAGCAAGAGAGAACCACGAGCCGGAGCGCCUGGGCCUGAACGGGCUGGCAGAGACCACAGUGGCCAUGGAGGUGACAUAACCCCCCAGCUGUCCCCUGAGUGCAGCCACAGCCCUCUGUGGAUCACACAGAAUCACCCACACCCCAAUGGACUCCCGUUCUAUCGUGUAUUAAGUCGAUAUAUAAUGUAAAUUUUGUAAAAAUUGGGAAAAUCACUA